ACCAAAAGCAUUGUACCUACCGAGUCGAGUGUCCACCCUCAAAAAGAAAAUGAAGGGGAAUUUCCACCAUUAAAGAAAACGUCGAACCAAAUCAAAGACAAAAAGCAAUAUUUUUCGCAAAUCUGAGCACUGAAGGGAAGGAAAACUGGUUUUUCCAAAUUGAAGCAGCGCAAAGGGAAGAAAAACAAUGGGGCAGGGGCCUUCGGGAGGAUUCAGCAAGGGAGGCGCACCAGGGGAGCGCAAGCAGGAUGACAAGAAAGAAAAGAAGUAUGAGCCGGCAGCACCGCCAUCGCGCGUUGGUAGAAAGCAGCGCAAGCAGAAGGGCCCUGAGGCGGCUGCGCGCCUCCCCACGGUAACCCCGCUCACAAAAUGCAAGCUGAGGCUUUUAAAGCUUGAGAGAAUCAAAGAUUACCUGCUGAUGGAAGAAGAGUUCGUGGCGAACCAGGAGCGCCUCAAACCGCAGGAGGAGAAGAACGAGGAAGACAGGUCAAAGGUCGACGAUUUGCGCGGCUCUCCCAUGAGCGUUGGGAAUCUAGAGGAGUUAAUUGAUGAAAAUCAUGCCAUCGUUUCGUCCUCCGUGGGGCCUGAGUAUUAUGUGGGGAUUUUGUCUUUUGUCGACAAGGACCAACUUGAGCCUGGCUGUGCGAUUCUCAUGCACAAUAAGGUUCUUUCUGUUGUUGGUCUUUUGCAAGAUGAGGUAGACCCCAUGGUGUCAGUGAUGAAGGUUGAGAAAGCACCGCUGGAGUCAUAUGCUGACAUUGGAGGUUUAGAUGCUCAAAUUCAAGAAAUUAAAGAAGCAGUGGAGCUUCCUUUGACCCAUCCUGAAUUAUAUGAAGAUAUUGGUAUAAAGCCUCCAAAGGGAGUUAUCCUCUAUGGAGAACCAGGAACAGGGAAAACUCUUCUUGCAAAGGCUGUGGCUAACUCCACUUCAGCAACAUUUUUGCGUGUUGUUGGAAGUGAACUUAUACAAAAGUAUUUAGGAGAUGGCCCGAAGUUGGUUAGAGAGCUAUUUCGAGUUGCUGAUGAUCUUUCUCCUUCAAUCGUUUUCAUUGAUGAAAUUGAUGCAGUUGGAACAAAGAGAUAUGAUGCACAUUCAGGUGGUGAACGUGAAAUUCAGCGAACUAUGUUGGAAUUGCUAAAUCAACUAGAUGGGUUCGAUUCAAGAGGUGAUGUGAAGGUUAUUCUGGCAACAAACCGAAUUGAUAGUCUUGACCCUGCUUUGUUACGUCCUGGAAGAAUAGAUCGAAAGAUUGAAUUUCCCCUACCGGACAUUAAAACGAGGAGGCGUAUAUUCCAGAUACAUACCUCAAGAAUGACCUUGGCAGAUGAUGUUAAUCUAGAAGAAUUCGUGAUGACUAAGGAUGAAUUUUCUGGGGCGGAUAUAAAAGCUAUAUGCACUGAAGCGGGAUUGCUUGCUUUGAGAGAAAGGCGUAUGAAGGUGACACAAGUUGACUUUAAGAAAGCAAAAGAGAAGGUUAUGUUCAAGAAGAAGGAAGGUGUUCCAGAGGGUCUGUACAUGUGAAAAAAUAUGCCAUUUUUGUUAUCAGCUGUUUUUAAGAUGAUAUAUUUAAGACUAUGUAUAUGGUACUUGUUAACAUUAUUUUCUGGAUAUGAUUCUAUUUUGCACUACAAUUAUUGGCAGCAAUGUCCAUAUGUAGUGUUUGGAUAAAGUGUUCAUAUUUGUAUGAAUUUUUGAACAUUAAGAUGAAGAUGCUCAAUCCUUGGAUUUUGGUUA